UUUUUUUCUUUGAACACGGUGAAGACUUUAGCUUGGAACUUGCAUUUGUGGAGCUCCCAGCCGGCAGGAAUCAGCUCUCCCUCCUGCAGGAGACACCCCCUCCCCUGGGAGGGACACGGACACCGCUCCUCUGCCCUGCACUUUGGGGUGACACCUUUGGGGCAGCGGCGAGGGCAGGAGGCAUGGGGUGAUCUUUGGCUGCCUUCCUCUUCCUCGGCGCCCCCGUCGCCUUUUCUCUCUCUUUUUGCUUGUCUGGGGGCUCGUGCUGAGGCUGCCUGCGCCAGGAGGGAUCCGGGAGCGAGACAUCCCUCGGCUGCACAAAUUGGCUUCCCACCUGCUCGCAGCCUCCAGGAAGUUUUCCCUCCAUCCCAGGCGUUGUGAGAAGAAAGGCAGGAGGUCACUCGGAGCCCACCGUCCCAAGCCUUGGCAUGUGAGGGGUGGGCAGGGGGACAGCAAGCUUUCCUCUUGCCUUCCCUGGAGAUCUGGGAUCAGGCGUAGACCAUGAAUGGAUCCUUUUUCAACCAGACUCUGCUAGAGCAGGGAGCUUACCCCAACAGGACCCAGGGCUUGGGGAUGCUCAUGGCCUGCUGCAAUGGGACCGGCUCGGUGCUGGCCACCGACGGUGGCUCCUCGGUCCUGGCGCCUGACGAGAGGAGCCUUUACAUCACGCGGGUGGUGCAGAUCGCCGUCCUCUGUGUCCUCUCCUUGACUGUCAUGUUCGGCAUCUUCUUUUUGGGCUGCAACUUGCUCAUCAAGUCGGAGAGCAUGAUUAACUUUCUGGUGAAGGACCGAAGACCUUCCAAGGAUGUGGGAGCUGCAAUCAUGGGGCUUUACUGAACCCACCGGGCUUUUGUAGGCAAGUGAACUGGCUGGACCUGGUGCUGAGCUGCAGAUUCCCAUGUGUUUGGGGCAGCUGGGGUGGGGGGGGAGUGGAAAGGGGGGAGGGUUCUUUUAAUGUGUCUGUGUCCAUGGGAAAGCAAAUCUGUGCUUCCCAGUCAACAAACUGUCCUGGUGAAGGGGGAAAUCUCCCUGGAGUUGUAUGAAGUACAAUAAAUGACCAGCAUCGUGUUGCAUGCAGAAAUGGCUUAAGUUUUGCAUGAAACUUGCAGAAACAGUGAUAAUGUGCAGAUCUGGACUCUUUUCUGCUGUUACCUUGGAUACCACUACCUGGGAUUUAGGGCUACAAAAAAAAAAAAAAAAAAAGGAAAAAAAAGGAAAAAAAAAAGCAAAUAACUUACUACAAAAAGAAAGCAAAAAAACAAACUAAAGGGAAAGCGAAAUGCGUGGCACGGACCACAUCUUUGACCAUGGGGCAGGGGAAGGGAAGUGCCAUGUGGGUCGUACAACAAAGUCUGCAUGCUACAAAAUGUGUCAGUCUGUUUGUAUAUGGGACCUCAAGCAUGCAUCUUCUGCUAGAGUUUUGUAACGGGGAAAGCAUGUUCUUCCUUAUUUUUCUGAGCUCUCCUGUUAAAUAAACUGGUACUUUCUUCUUUCACGCUAUGCUGAAGGAAGAAAAGAACCCAGAUAAAUUCAAAAGACCACUCCAACCCCAAAACAAAAGCAUGCUUGUUUUUGUACACAACAGCCUUUUUCCAAGUUAUUGUUAUAUUGUUACAGUCCUUGACGUUUUUGUAGUUUUUUGAAAACCGGUGAACAUUCAGGAAAAAAAAAAGAACCUGUUUCAAAAGAA